AGUUCACAGCGGCUUUGCUCUGCCUGCUCCCUCUGCUAGCGCAGCUGUGCUGCCAGGCCCGGAUCUGCCAUGGCGUCCCCCGCAGCGGGAGGGGUGGUGAUCGUAGGCAGUGGACUCAUUGGCCGGAGCUGGGCUAUGCUGUUUGCCAGUGGAGGCUUCGAGGUGAAACUCUAUGACGUUGAGCAACAGCAGAUAACAAAUACCCUGGAAAACAUCAGGAAGGAGAUGAAGUUGCUGGAGCAGUCCGGUUCUCUGAAAGGGUCCCUGAGUGCUGAGCAGCAGCUGUCUCUCAUCAGCGGCUGCGGCAACCUAGCGGAAGCAGUAGAGGGCGCCAUGCACAUUCAGGAAUGUGUUCCAGAGAACCUGGAGCUGAAGAAGAAGAUUUUUGCCCAGCUGGAUCGCAUCGUGGACGAUAGAGUCAUCUUAAGCAGUUCCAGCUCUUGUCUGCUUCCUUCCAAGCUGUUUACAGGCUUGGUACACGUGAAGCAGUGCAUCGUGGCUCAUCCUGUCAAUCCACCCUAUUAUGUCCCGCUGGUUGAGCUAAUCCCUCACCCAGAGACAGCUCCAGCCACAAUGGACAGAACCUAUGCCCUGAUGAGGAAGAUUGGGCAGUCCCCAGUGAGAGUCCUGAAGGAGAUCGAUGGCUUCGUCCUGAACCGCCUGCAGUACGCCGUCAUCAGCGAGGCCUGGAGACUGGUGGAGGAAGGAAUAGUGUCUCCUAACGACCUGGACCUGGUCAUGUCAGAUGGGCUGGGCAUGCGGUAUGCAUUCAUUGGACCCUUGGAGACUAUGCACCUCAAUGCUGAAGGUGUGGUAAGCUACUGUGACAGAUACAGUGAUGGAAUGAAGCGUGUCCUCAAAACUUUUGGUCCUGUUCCAGAGUUCUCAGGGGCCACAGUGGAGAAAGUUAACCAGGACAUGUGCAUGAAGGUUCCCGAUGACCCUGAACACUUAGCUGCCAGAAGGCAGUGGAGAGAUGACUGUCUCAUGAAACUGGCCCAGCUGAAGAACCAGGUGCAGCCCCAGUAAAUUCCUCCAUCACUCCUUCCUGGGAAGCUCUGUUUGGCGAGACGAGAAGAUCCAAUCCCUGUGCAGCACUGAGAAGCCCAGGAAGCCGGCCUGAAGACCAGGUCUGCUCCUCUGUGUUUCACUGUGAGCAGCUGUGGACACCAAGUAUGGACACCAAGUGUCUUCUGGUCACUCCCGCCUGACCCUGCACUGGGCUAUCAGAGCAUCGCUUGGACUCUGAGGUGUGGGUUUCCUGCCCCUGGGCAAACAGGCAGAAGAUCUUCACCUCUUCUUUCCAGUGUGAUUACACAGGCAUUUCCAGGUGAUGAUUGCAAUUUCCUGUUAUCUUAAUCCACUUCAAAAGAAUUUUUGUAAUCAUUUUCUAAUCCUGCUCUGAGUGUCCUGUGACCCUGCAUUAUGAAGCAAUCACCUUCAGUUUGAAUAAAAAAUAUUCUGAUUAAAA